GGACAUUCUCUGCCCCCGCAGCCGCAUGAACUCUGCCUCCCUCAUCCAGCCGUUCGGAGGCAUCCAGCUGCAACGCGACGGCAGGAUCUUUUGGGGCCAAAUGUUCGUGAUCAAGCUGGGCUGCCCCAUGUUCUUCCACGACUUCCCUUUCGACGUCCAGGUUUGCAAGAUCGAGAUGGCGAGCUAUUUCCACAGCGUCCGCGACAUGUCCUUCGCCUGGCACGGCGACGGGAUCUCAGCCUCUCCCAGCAUCGAGAAGCUCCUCGGGAAUUACGAGUUCGCUUUCGUCCAGGAGAACGUCACUUCUUGCAAAACCAUUGGCUACGUGUUUGGGAAAUACCCCUGCCUUCGCUCCAAGAUGACGUUCAAGCGCCGCUACCGCAACUACCUGCUGGGCGUGUACGUUCCUUCCUCCCUCUUCGUGGUGGUGUCGUGGGCGUCCUUCUUCUGGCCAGCAGAGGCCAUCCCCGCCCGCACCGUGCUGCUCAUCACCGCUCUGCUGACCACCAUUUCCCUGUAUUCCGGCGUCCAGCAGAUGACCCCGGCGGCCAACUACACGCGGGCCAUCGACACCUGGUUCUUCGCGUGUAUCAUGGCCGUGGCGAUGGCCUUAUUCCAGUACGCAAUUAUCCUCCAAAUUCGCAAUCGGCAGAAACUGGUCGUGAGCACCAGGGUUAAACCUAUGAAUUCUUCGGAAUCGACGGACGACGCAAGAGACUACUGGCUGGCCAUGGAGAGGAAGGUCGAGUUGGGCGCCAAGAUACUGUACGUUCUCGCCUUCCUUUUGUUCAACCUGGUGUAUUGGGUGAGGUACCUGAUGUGAAAACGAGAGACCGCAUAGAAUACAAAAGUUGUAUGCGGAUGGCAAAGGGACAAAAGUGUUCGUGUGUAUUUGCUGCAUGUAUUUACCUAACUAACAAACACGUUGUUACAAGUAAUAGCCAGCUCUCAAUAGAAAUCACUGUUUUUUCAUGUUCACGCACUUUUAUUCUUGACAUAAAUAUAACAAUCCUCAUCUAA